AUGGGCGAGCCCUCCGCCGCUGCCACAGCAGCAGCCCCCAUACCCCUCGCGGACGAGGACGAGGCCCUCUCGCCGCUCUCGCUCACCAUCCGCUUCACAAACGCCCUCCCGGACACACCCCUCUUCGUCCCGUCGGCCGCCACCACCACCGUUUCCGCGCUCAAGCAGCAGCUGCGCGACACCCUCCCGCCCGACCACGCCCGCCGCCGCCUCCGCCUCAUCUACGCCGGCAAGGUCCUCCCCGACACCGCCACCCUCGCCUCCCAGAUCGCCGCGCCCCGGCCGCCGCCAGCCUCCAGCGGAAAAGGCAAGGAGCGCGCAACCGACGCCGCAGACGACGCCCGCGCCCGCCCCGUCUACAUCCACUGCAGCGUCGGCGAUGUGCUCACGGACGAGGAGCUGGCGGCCGAGGCUGCAAACGAGAAGAUGACGGCACCGGAGCCGGCGGUUGCGCCGCCGCGCACGACCCUGCCGCAGCCGCUGGGGUUCGAUCGGUUGCUGUCGGCGGGGUUCUCGGAGGCGGAUGUGGCGAGCCUGCGGAUGCAGUUUAAUCGGUUGCAUGGGUACUCGCGCGACGAGGAGGAGAAUGCGAGGCUGCUGGAGGAUCGGUGGAUUGAUGAGAGUGCGGGGCAGGGGCAGGAGCUGGCGGAUGGGAGCCCCGCGGGGAGCUAUGAGGAUAUGUUUGUGGGCAUGGCGAUUGGGUUCUUUUGGCCCGUGGCCAUAUUUCUCAUGAGGGAGGAGGGCGUGUUUAGUAAGAGACGGCAGAUGGCCGUGGUGGCGGGGCUGUUGGUCAAUUUGGCGUUUUCGGUGUUGAGGAUUUCGUCGUAG